GCUGGGAGUAGGGCAGAGGGUAGUUUUUACUUGCUCCUCUUAAUCCGCUCGGGUGGGGAAACCGUCUCAGAUCACCUCAGGAGGGAAAUGGAAACCGUGCGCACGUCCGUCGUUCAAGAGCAGCGUGCGCGUGAGGCCUUGGCUCGGAGCAGCAUUACCAGCGCCUUGCUCAGUACCGUGCGGCAGGUUGGUGGCAACGGUUCACUUCUUUGCAAGCGCCGUGCAGACUGCGGCCAGACUGGAAACGUAUCGUAUCGCGACCACGCAUCCGAUAAGAGGCUCGAUAGAAAUGAUCGCAAACGUGUAGAGAGUGUACACCUAACGACGGAUCGUACGCAUUCCGGACGGGUUUCGAAUAGUCUGUGACGGUAACGCGGCAAGCACAAGUGCAGUGCAGUGAAGGAAAGGCUUACCCUUAUGCAAUAUCGAGCCCUUCCGAGCUCGGUCAUUCGUAGAGUAAUUGUUGAUCGGCAACAUUAUGACGAAUUGUGUGAAUUUAAUAACGCGCUAUGGCUCAUUACGGGCGUGGAUGGUGCCUUUAGUGCUGGGGUGUCUGAUUGCCGGUGGUCAUUACACUGUUGGUGCCGUUACCGUAGAUAUCUUCCCGCUGCCACCCUCAACGGAAUCAAUGUACGCGCAUCACCACGCGCACCGGUACCAUGCAGGGUCGUUCGGGCCGACCAAGAUGAAAAGCCACAUCAAGCGCAUACUAAACAUUCGAGAAGAAAAUACCACCCUGGAUAGUUAUCUGCUGUCGCUGUUCAACGUGGACAACUUAAACCCCACGUACGUCUUCCUGCUGCCGAUGGAAGGCAAGAACCACGUGCGCAAGCUCAUCUACCAGCGCAGUGACUUCGAGGAGGCCGAGUUCCCGAACGUAACCACCAUCAACAAGUUCAGCGAGAGGCCGAACCGGACGGGGGCCAGCAUUGUUGCCAGUCCCGGCAGCGACAUGCAGCUGGAGAAGAAAAUUUUCGACCACCUGGACAAGGACACCAUGGACGAUGGCACGCGUAAGGUGGUCGAGGAGAAUGUGCGCACGGAGCGGAACUUUAUCAAGUUUAUGGACGAGCUGAACCGGGACCUGGAGGAAGAGGAAAAUCGACGUAUGCUGAAGGAAAGCAUGCGCAAGUCCGCUUCGACGGCUGGGCGAACAUCGUCCACCGUUUUGUUUACGCCCUACGCGUACAAACACACGCCAACCAUCGGGUGGGAUGAUCUUGGGCUCGAGGGAUGGGCUGGUGGGUUGCGCGAAAACCAUGGCCACCGUUUCGACCAUCCCGUGCUGGAAAAACCUAAAACAACGUUCGCCCCGCAGACGACGCAACUGCAGGCAAGUUUCAAUGCCGCUCAGCAGCUACCGUCCAGUCGACCGACGGCUGCCCUCGGACCGGCGUCGAAGGCGACAGUUAACCAGACGGUAGUUGCCAGUGCCGCCGCCCGCUACAAACAGACCGGCGUCCUGCUAAGCGAAGACGUUGGCGUGAAGCUGCAGGAAAUCUACAAGCGCACCAACGGGAGCAACGCACGCAUCAAGUGGCCCAUCACGAAUAGUCGCGAUGCGCACCGGGACGAGGAUGUGUUCAUUGCGCGGGCCAACAAUCCCUUCGGACACUCGACCAAGUGGCGCUGGAGCAACGAAACGGAACAAGAGGAUCCGCUCAAGGUGGAAGUCCAAUCGUCCCGCGAUGGCCGCGCAAAGCGUGGCGUGUACAAUCUCUACUCGAUGAUCAAAUGUGCCACCGGGUGUGAUCCCCUCAUCUACAAGGGCUACGGGUGCUACUGUGGCUUUCUGGGAUCCGGCCAAGCGCUGGAUGGGAUUGAUCGCUGCUGCAAGAUGCAUGACUACUGCUACAGCACCGCCAGCUGUCCGAUGUUUUUGGAGUACUUCGUGCCGUAUCUUUGGAAGUGCUAUCGGGGUCGUCCGUUGUGUGCAAUCGAUCACGGCGAAUGGGGUGGUCCAGGUUCGUGUGCAUCCCGGCUGUGCCAUUGCGAUCUGUCGCUGUCAAAGUGUCUUCGUCGGUACUACUGUCCGCGGAAGCGUAACGUCUGCACUACAUCUCCUCUGCGAUUGCUGCAGAAUCUAGUGAUGGUGUUCUGA